CAUUUGAGUUUUGAAAAUUAAACAGGCGGUGUGCUCUCUAGUUUCAUUAGGACUCGCGCGGCUGCCGCUUGGGGAAGCACACGUUUGGUUCAUCUAUCUCAUUUUCAUAUGCUGACACUAAUAGAAAUAGUUUUAUGUGAUUAAAUAUUUCAUAGGGGCGAAGAUGGAAAAAGUUGCUACACAUGCAAAUGUGAUUGUCCCUGAAGUUCUUAGAGGAGGUAACUACAAAAGCCAGUUGCCUGCUGGAGGAAAUAUGAGUAGCGACUGGAUGAAAAAAAAUGCAUUAGCUCUUCAUGCCAUUAUGAUUUCAUGUGGAGAAGAAAUCUUCAAUAAAAUAAAGGAGAAGGAUUCUGCUAAAGAUGUUUGGGAUGCAUUGGCUGACAUGCACAAGCCCCCAGUUGCCCAUAAGGAAAUUGUUGAGCACCCCCCACAAAGGCAAACAGGGCCUGGAAAUCUUGUAAGUUCGGAAUAUGAGAUCUUAACUAAAGCCAUUUCCAGUGGAGCGCUGUCGAAAGUAAAGAAGUUCUUUAGAGAAAAUUCGAAUGCAAAAUCUGCAAGAAUAUCUGAAAAUGGGUACACAGCUCUUCAUUUUGCAGUUUAUAAUGGGCAGAAAGAAAUUGUUGAUUAUUUGACCAAGUACAAGUGGUCAAAAGAAGACUUGGAAACACAAGAUGAUUCUGCAAAAGAAGACUUGGAAACACAAUAUGAUUCUGCAAAUAAAGACUUGGAAACACAAGAUGAUUCUGGGAGCACGGCUCUUUCCAUUGCUGCUCGUUACGGAAUCCGGAAAUCAAUUGCAAAAAAAUUAGUUAGAAAGAACAAAAAUUUGCUUAUCAUCCUGUAAAGUGAGGCGGAAGUGGAGGGUGCAAAACCAAAAUUACAGAGCUGCGCACCCUUAGCAGCAAAUAUAUAUAAGGUCAUAUAAAAUGUAGAG